UGGGCUCCGUGCCGUGCUCUGACCACGCUGCUCUUCAUUCAGGUAUCUCCAGGGACAACUGGCAUAAGCGUCGCAAGACUGGGGGCAAGAGGAAGCCCUAUCACAAGAAGAGGAAGUAUGAGUUGGGGCGUCCUCCUGCCAAUACCAAGAUUGGCCCACGCAGAAUUCAUACAGUGAGGGUUCGUGGUGGAAAUAAGAAGUACCGUGCCCUUCGGUUGGAUGUUGGCAACUUCUCCUGGGGAUCAGAAUGCUGCACUCGCAAGACCAGGAUCAUCGAUGUCGUCUACAACGCUUCCAACAACGAACUGGUGCGGACAAAGACCCUGGUGAAGAACUGCAUCGUUCUCAUCGACAGCACCCCGUACCGGCAGUGGUAUGAGGCCCACUACGCCUUGCCCCUGGGGCGCAAGAAGGGCGCCAAACUGACUCCUGAAGAGGAGGAAAUCUUGAACAAGAAGCGUUCCAAGAAGAUCCAGAAAAAAUACGACGAGCGAAAGAAGAACGCCAAGAUUGCGAGUAUUCUCGAGGAGCAGUUCCAGCAGGGAAAGCUGCUUGCCUGCAUUGCCUCCAGACCUGGACAGUGUGGCCGAGCUGAUGGCUACGUGUUGGAAGGCAAGGAAUUAGAGUUCUACUUGAGGAAGAUCAAGGCCAGAAAAGGCAAAUGAAUAAAAACUAUUCUGCUGAGAGAACGAAUAAAACCAAGAGUCUAUCACAGUAAA